CUAUGGGUCUGCGGAUUGUCUCUUCGAUGCCAAGGACGAGACCUCGAGCGAGCAAUUCUCGCGGGAGGGCAAUGGAGUAUAUAAGCGACCAUCGCUGUCAACGACGAAAGGUCUCGUUCUGAAGCAAGCUCAACACUCUCACCAGAUCAAGCACCACAGGAUCCCAACUACCUUACCUUCGACAGAACAGCACCUGAACCACCAAAAUGGCGCCUCCAACAAGCCUUCCCGCUCGCCGCCUUGGCAAGACCGGCCCUGAGAUCACCGCCCUCGGUGUAGGACUGAUGGGCCUCAGCGUCGCCUACGGUAAACCAGGAUCAGACGAAGAGCGUCUCGCAUUCCUCGACCGCGCGUGGGAGCUCGGCGCCACGAACUGGGACACGGCCGACGCCUACGGCGACAACGAGGACCUCAUCGGCAAGUGGUUCGCGCUACACCCCGAGCGCCGCGCCGACAUCUUCCUGGCGACCAAGUUUGGCUUGCGCGGGGAGAUCAGAACCGACGGAACCUACAGCAUGACGAUCAACAGCUCGCCUAAGUACUGCCGCGAGGCGUGCGAGCGCAGCUUGAAGAGGCUGGGCGUGGAGAGUAUUGAUCUGUACUACGUCCACCGCCUGGAUGAGACUACUCCCAUUGAGAAGACGAUCGAGGAGAUGGUCAAGCUGAAGAACGAGGGCAAGGUCAAGGCAUUUGGCAUCUCCGAGUGUUCCUCCAAGACUCUCCGCCGCGCCUACGCCGUCCACCCCAUCUCGGCCGUGCAGGUAGAAUACAACCCCUGGUCCCUCGAGAUCGAAGGCCCCGCCGGCACGGACCUCCUCAAGACGUGCCGUGAGCUCGGCGUCACGACCUUUGCCUACUCGCCGCUCGGCAGAGGCAUCAUGACGGGCCGGUAUAAGUCGGCCGACGACUUCGAAAAGGGCGACUUCCGGCGCCAGAUGCCGCGGUUCAUGGGUGACAACUUCAAGAAGAACACGCAACUCGUGGAGGAGUUUGCCGCCGUCGGACGCGCGAAGCACGGUUGUUCUGCGGGGCAACUUACGCUUGCUUGGCUGCUUGCGCAGGGCGAGGAUGUUAUCCCGAUUCCUGGAACCAAGAAGAUUCAGUAUCUGGAGGAGAAUAUGGAUGCGUUGAAGGUUGUGUUGAGUAAGGAGGAGGAGAAGGAACUGAGGGCUUUGGUUGAUGCUGCGGAUGUGCAAGGUGAUCGGGGCGCGGCGUUUGGCAACUACUCUGAUUCGCCUGCUCUCUGAGGAUGUCUCUCAUCGAGGUGAUGUCACGAGGGUGACGAUGGCGGCGGGGGUGUCUCGGGAGUUGGCGUGGGUCCCCGGCCCCAGCUUCCGAAGCCCCGAAACCUAGGGAAGGGCACCAAGGUCAGUGAUC